AUGACAAGGUCGAAUGGCGGAGAGGAUGUAGACGAAGAGGACCUGAUUCCUGACAACUGGUUCAUCAGGCUGGUGCACAUCAUUGCGUGGCUGCUGACGGUGGUCCUAUCAGUCCUAAGUUGCGUCUUUAUUGGCUACCAGCUGUAUGUCUUGUAUAUACCUUACAGUCGUGCGAAGAUGAUGGGUGAUGCAUCCUACCGCUUUCCGGAGUACUUCUACAGGGUGUGGGGCAAUGAUGCCACAGAUCUCACGUCGGAGCACUGGGGCUACCUGAGCGCCUGCGCGGGGGUGACGUUUUUGAGCAUCCGGACGUUCGUAGCUCCUCAAUUUUCGGCCAUGGACGUCGCGGCAGCACCGCAACGGCCCUUGCCCUGCCGUGCGCGCGUGCCAUCGCGACAUGGGCCCGCCUUGAGACCGGUGCCGGGAGACAAAAGUCUCACCGGACAGUGCCGUGGCAGGUCGCGCGGCUGGAGCUCAGUUUUCGCCGCGGCCUUCGCCCUCCGCGCCGUCGGUCGCGUGUCGAGCCGCGUCACGCUGCGGCGGAGCUCGUCGGAUGCGCCGGUGCCGCCGCGGCUAGGUCUGAAGGCCCUGUAUUCGUUGUUGACCUUCUCGUGGGUCUCGGACUUGAUGAGGAGGGGAAAUCGACCUCCAGCCAUCGAGAUCCACGACUUGUUCCCCGCCCCCAGCGACAUGUUGGCCUCCGACCUGGCCCUGGAGCUCUCGACCAGUCUGAUCCAACGGGAGUGGCGCGCACGGAACGAUGCACGGAACGAUGGACAUCAUGAACCCCUAGACCAUCGGAGCUUAGCGAAAUCUCUUCUCUGGCUGCACCGCGGGCGCUUGCUGCGAACCGGCAUCUUGCGAUUUCUAAACACCGUGGUGCAGUUUCUGCCUGCUUUGAUUCUUGGGCCCUUGUUGAAUGCCAUCAAACUUGGCGACAUCUCAGCCGGACAACAAGCUGCCUUACAGCUCUUCGUGGUGCUCUGCAUCAAGACAUUUGUGGAAAAUCAGGUGAUUUUAUCAGUUUUGGAACAACCCUGUCAGUUCUUCUACCAGACCACGAUGAUGGCCACCCGUGUGCGCUCCAUGCUUCAAGCCUGCAUCUACGAGAAGAGUUUGCGCUUGCACGAUGCAAGUGCCAAUGUACCUCCGGUGACGCUCAUGCAGGUGGAUACGGGGAAAGUGGAGGACUUGACGUAUUCGCUUCAUACACUCUGGGAUGGUAUCUUUCAAGUGGCAGGAUAUUCGGUGCUUCUCUGGUGGUACCUGGGUGUGGCUGGCUUCGCAGGGAUUGUGGUUUUGCUGAUCGGGCUGCCCUUUAACGCUCGACUGCAACGAGACCUCAGCGGUUUGAACAAGAAAUGCUUGCAGACCAGCGAUGCGCGUGUCUCCAAGACUUCUGAGAUCCUCGGAGGCAUUCGCGCCUUGCGCCAGAUGGGAUGGGAAGACAUCUUCGACGCUCGCGUGCGAAAGCUUCGGGAUGAGGAGCUGGCGGCGCAGAGGAAGAGGGACACCGUGGUGGCGUACCUCUUGUCCUACUUCAGCGCCCUGCCACCCUUCAUGAUCGCCGUGGUCCUCCCCGUCUACGUGGCCGGCUGUCCGGAGAGCUUCAGUGCUGCGAUGAUUUUUACGGCGCUGUCCUUGCUGAAUCAGAUCCGAUUCCCCUUGCUCUUCUAUCCCAAUGCGCUGAACGCCCUGGCGGAGGGCACGGCGGCGCUGCGGCGCCUGGCGCAGUUCCUGGCGCUGGAUGAGGCGCCGGCCGCGCGGCCGCCGAUGUCGGAGGACAAGGAGCUGCCGCUGCUGCUGGCGCCCGGCAAGUACCACAUCGGCACCAGCAGCAGUGCCCCCUCCCUGCAUUUGUCCGAGCCUUUGAGCGUCGGCGUGGGAGAGCUGGUGGCCGUGCUGGGCCCGGUGGGCUCCGGGAAGUCCUCCUUGCUGAAGGCCUUCCUGGGAGAGCUGCCCCGGACGCCCUUGAUGCAACCGCCGCAGCAUGUGGCCUAUUGUUCUCAACAGCCCUGGGUUCCGGAAGGCCGAAGUCUGCUGGAAGUGGUCUGUGGCGUGUGGAUGGACGGAGAGGUGGCCUUUCCGAAAGCCAUCGACGAGGCGGCCUUCAGCAAGGCCCUGGCCUGCGCUGCCGUGGACUUCGCGGAUGCGGAGGACGAGGUCUCUGGAAGCUCCCUGAGUGGUGGUCAACAGGCACGCCUGGCCUUGGCGCGGGCUAUGUACAAAGCACUGGUAGGAGAAGAUGUCUGCGCCUGCGUCCUCGAUGAUGUCACAGCAGCUUUGGACCCACAGGUGACCAAUGAAGUCAUCCAGAACUGCCUGGAUGGUCCGCUGAAGAACUUGGCGACGAUCUUCGUUUCCAGCGAUCCAGGCUCCUGGUUGGAGAGCUGUGACAAAGUCAUCGAGAUGAAGGCCGUGGGGAAGGAGCUGCGGGUGGACUUUGUUGGCAGCUACGCCCAGCUCUUGGAGCAGGGCCGUUUGACGCGGCUGCCGCGGCGGAAGAAGGGCGGGCCAAGCGGCAACAGCGCAACGGAGGGCGAGGAGGAGAUGGAAGAGGAGGAUGCAACGUCACAGGAGGAACCAGUAAAACGGAAGAAAUUGCAGGUGACGACGGAAGAAGAGAGGGCUCUCGGAGCCGUUCCCUUGGCCUUGUAUAGCCACUACUUCCGCAGCGCCCGCAGUCCCAUCCUGCUGAGCAGCGCGGUGUCCGCGGUGGUCGCCAGCUAUGCGGCCACCAUCGUGCAGCAGUGGUUCAUAGGCCUGUGGACGGCUGACACCACCAUGCAGAGGGGCUUGGCCUACUACAUGUCUGGUGUCGUCUUCUGGGGCGUCGUUGCCUCAGCCCUGACCUUCGGCCGCGCGCUGCUCAUCGCGGCCUUUUCGCGGAGAGCCUCGCGGGCGGUGCAUGACCAGCUCUGCGACAAGGUGCUGGUCCAGGCCUCAACGUCCCACUUUGAUAGGAACCCGUCCAGCCGUUUGCUGCAGAACUUUUCCAAGGACUUGGAGCAGAUCGACACGUCGUUGCCUGGAAGCUUGAGAUCCGCGUCCUCCAGCAUUUGCACGCUGGCGGGGGCCAUGUUCACCAUCAUCUUGGCCACGCCCAGUUUCAGCUUUCUUCUGCCGCCCUUGACGUGGAUCUAUAUGAAGUCGCUCCAGUACUACCGCCCCGUGGCGCGCGAACUGAAACGUCUGGAGCCCCUGGCGCGGUCGCCCGUCUUCGCCGAGCAGCAAGCGGCGGCCAGCGGGGUGACGACCAUCCGACAGCUGGGGCUGGGGAACGUCAUGGCGGCGCGUGCCCUGCGUGCCAUCGACGGCAACACCGCCGUGUCCUUUGCCGCGCGGGCAGUGGACCGAUGGUUUUCCCUGCGGAUGGAACUGCUUGGGAACCUCAUCGUCUUAGCCUCGUCUUUGGUCUGCCUGGCUGCCAGCGGUGCUGGUGCUUGGUCGGAGGCGCGCUCAGCCAUCGCGGUGACGCAGGCACUCUCGGUCUGUGGCCUGUUGAAUUGGACCGUGCGCACCAUUGCGCAGACGGAGACGAGUUUCACCAGCUGGCAACGGGUUGAGGAUGCACUGGACAGCACUGAAGUUGAAGGAGCCAAGGUGACGCCCGAGGACCAGCAGCUUCCAGCUUCAUGGCCUUUGAGUGGAACGAUCAAUUUUCAGGACAUCUCUUUCCGAUAUCGGGAGAACAUGCCCUUGGUCCUGCGCAAGCUCUGUUUGAAUCUCACCCCGGGGCAGCGUGUGGGCGUGGUUGGCAGAACUGGAAGUGGCAAGUCCACCUUGUUGAGGAUUCUCCUCCGAACGGUGGAGCCCACGGAGGGCUCCGUGACCAUCGAUGGGGUCGACAUCCAAACAGUGGGUCUGGCGCGGCUGCGCUCCUCCGUGACAGCGAUCCCUCAGGACAAUUUCUUGAUCAGCGGCUCUGUGCGGGAGAACGUGGACCCCCGAGGCAGCUACAGCGAUGAGGAGGUGAAACACGCCCUGGAAGCAGCGUCGCUGGGCAAUUGGGAGAUCCAUCGGCACAUCAAUGCGGCCAGAGAUAUCUCACCGGGUGAAAAGCAGUUGAUCGGCGUGGCACGUGCCGUCUUGCGGAAAUCCCGCAUCGUGGCGCUCGACGAGGUCACGAGUCGAGUUGACAAAGCCACCGACGAAAAGGUUCAGGCAGCAUUGAAACGUUUGCCCGAAGGGACCACAUUGUUGGUGGUGUCGCAUCGCUUAGCGACGCUUCAUGACUAUGACCUCGUGGUGGUUUUGGGGGACGGCGAAGUCAUUGAGGUGGGGAGGCCUUCAGCGCUGGAAGAGGAUCCCAGAUCCAACUUCGCCAGCAUGCUGGCUGCGGAGCGGGGAGGAGAACAUUUCUGA